CUGAAGAGCUGUAGCGCGCCGACUGUUUCUGCUGCAACUACAACUGCAACACACUCUGAACAGAGAGCAUGGGCUUAAAAGACUGCAUCCGAGCUUCUGAUGACGCGUCAAAGCUGCCCCUGCACGGCGCGGCGCUCCGCACAGCGCGUGCUAUAGGAUCUAACGCCGGGGCCGGAACGGGCCCUGUGCGCGGCGGGUUGCCGUCGCGCGGCAAGAAGGUGGUCCUUGGCGGCAGUGCCAAGGCCUCGAGCGUGGAAGACGCGCAGAAGUUGCUGCAGAAGAGCAAACCCAAGGCUCACUCCCGCGGUGGGGUGGGAAGUAAGAAGCGGGUGCGGUUCGAGAUCCGCGCUGAGCGGCGCGAGCAAUCGGAAUUGACGCGAGGCGUCCAGUGGGAGGAUCUGGUGACGAAGGCGCAGGAGCGGCGCGGUCUGGUUGUGGGCCAGGGCGCUGCGCCGGGGCCGGGCAGGAAGGGGGCGUCGGUUAAGGCCCCGAUCAAGGCCGCGGUGGGCCAGUCCAUCGUCGAGGGGGCGAAGGGUCUCUCCCAAGCGCUGGGAGUCGCGGAGGAGGAAAAAGAGCGGGACGCCGUCAUGCGCCGCGCGGCCGUGGUCUGCGACCGCGCGUGGGCCGAGGUGGCCAAGGCCGCCGCCGUCGUGAAGGAACAGAAGAAGAAGGAGGAGGAAGAGGCUGACGCCCAGUUGCAGGACGCGGUUGCUCUGAGCGAGGCGGCUUUAGUUGUGGAGUAUGCCCGCAACAUCUCGCUGGGUGUCGAGAAUUCGCUGACUGAGGCGGGCGGCCCGGACGAAGACUUACCGCCUCUGGAGGACGCCGAGAACGUGGCGGGGUCGGGCUUGCAAGCGCCGCCGGUAGCGAGUGUGGGAGGCGGUUUUGAAGGCGCGCUCGGGGCCGCCGAGCAAACCAUCGCAGAAGUGAGGAAGACCGUGGCUACGAUGCAGGGGCUCGUGGCUGAAGGCGUCGACCACAUGGAGGUCGAGAGUCUCGAGGAAGUUUUGGCGGGUAGAGUCGCGGCGGCCUCGGCUCGCAUGAAGGGCGAGUGGGAGCGGGCCACCGCCCUGGGGAAGGCUGCCGCGGGCCUCAGGGACGAGUACCUACGCGCGCGAGACGCAGAUCGAGCUCGGGCGGCCGUCGCGGGGGCGGUGACGGCCGCACGCGGUCGGGAGGCCGCGCGCGCGAAGGAGGGCGUCGCAAGGGCGGGAGUGGUCGUCCGUGGGCCUGAAAGGCCGCUCGUUCGAGCCUCGGCGCCGCUUCGUCGAAAAUCAGAGAUGGCGCGGGCUGGGUAUGAAUCUAGUUCUGAUGGGGAGGAGGACGACGACACCUGAUCUCCACGCGAUUUCUGAUCUCUAAGUCCAGCCGGGCGUGCGCGAGGGCCUCGCGAACGCGUCAUGGCGGCGUUCGGCGUGGCGUGACAUGUUGGGCAAGUAGGCGAUUCAUCCUCGGCUUCCUCGCAAUUCAACGGGUCGACGGGCCUUCAUUGGCGAUGUUGACUCACCCCAGCAAUUCAA